AUGCAUGUUUGGUCCUUUGAAAUAGGUCUUUUGGAGCAUUCUGGAGCAUAUGGGACACAAGGAGCAUGGAGGGACUUGGCACAUGGAAGCAGCUCAACUGGAUACGCAAAGGAAGAAGGGAGAAGCCAUCUUGAAGACCAGCUCGACCGUCCACUCGACCAACCGGUCGAGUUCCUCAACUCGACCGGCCAAGCUUCAACUCGAUCGAGCUGGAAGUCAAAGUCAAACCCGAAAAAUGUUGCUUCCCCCUUGACUUUCCUUUGA